ACUGAACGAGAAGCACUAGCUGUUGUAUGGGCUUUAGGAAAGUUCAGAGGAUAUGUUGAAGGUUCUCCGAUCAUCGUGCAGACCGAUCACCAACCACUGCGAUGGCUUCUCAGUCUGAAAUCUCCUACGGGAAGGUAAGCACGAUGGGCACUAUUAAUACAAGGAUAUGAUAUCAAGAUAGAAUAUCUACCAGGAAAACGAAACGUUGUCGCUGACACCUUGUCUCGACCUCCAUGUGAUCAUGAAGUACCAGAAAUCUGCGAGUUGUGUGAAGUCAUAGUUAAACUACCUCGUAGAAGGGCUGAUAAGACGAGAAGCGAACAAAUGAAAGAUCCAGAACUUGCAAAGAUAAUUACGAGUUUCGAAGAUCCUUCUGAUACAGCUUUCACUAAGUGGACAGAUCGAGGUUAUAUCCUAUCCCAAGGGGUAUUAUAUCACUAUUCACCCGAAGAAGAUGAAUAAGAAGGCGUCCAAGUAACUGGUCCCUCCUCGAGGCGAGUUCGAGACCAGGGGGGGAGAGUGUAACACACCACCCUUACGCCGACCCUGGACGGACAGCUGGACACAUCUAGCCUAGUCGCUAUGCAGAUUUGCCGCCAAUAAAUUCCAAGGUAAUUUUCGAUUAGAAAGGAGGACAGUUCAGGAUAUUCUGGAAAAAAUUGGGGAAAAAGUAUAUAGGGCAACUUCACUAGGUGGUAGACCAUCCUGUCCCCAAAAACAGCUACUCCUAACAAUAUGGAUGCUAGCUAAUCAAGAAGUCUAUGGGUCAGUAGCAGAUAGAUUCAAUGUUUUAUUGAGUACAGCCUGGGAAUAUUUCCAAAGAGUUGUAAAUGUGCUGAUGGAAGUAUCUUCAAUAUACAUCAAAUGGCCUGAAUCAUAUGAAAAUAUAACUAGAAAAUUCAUGAAGAGAGGAGGAAUUGAUGGUGUGAUAGGAGCAAUAGAUGGAACCCAUAUUCCUAUUACAACUCCUUCGUACAUGUCGAAUAAGUACUUGAAUAGGAAACAAUACCAUUCUAUUGUUUUACAAGGUGUUUGUGAUGCCUCAUACAUAUUCACAGACUGUUUUGCAGGAUGUCCAGGAAGUGUGCAUGAUGCUCGUGUAUAUAGGAUGUCUCCAUUAUUCAAACAAAUAAUGCCGAAUAUAACUGGAGAUUACCAUUUAUUGGGUGAUUCAGCAUACCCUAAUGCCACCAAUCUCAUAACACCAUAUAGAGAUAAUGGGCAUUUAACUCGACAACAGAGGCACUUUAAUUAUCUGCAUUCAGCAACUCGUGUUCAUAUUGAACAGUCGUUCGGGCUGCUGAAAGGAAGAUUCAGAAUUUUAAAAUUUGUUAAUAUUUAUAAAACUGAAACAAUACCAAAUAAUAUAAUUGCGUGUUGUGUUUUACACAAUAUAUGCAUGCAAAACAAAGAAAGUGAUAUUAAUCUUGAUGAGUUAGAUAGUGGACGAAUAAUUGAUGAGAUUGUUACAGAAGACUCUGCAUCAUAUAACAAGAGAGAUACAAUCUGUAGACAAAUAGCCACAUAAAUUUUUU